ACUCAUCUUCCACAUCCUAAGUUGUCUGCUUUCUCUCUCUCCCUCACUAUAAAUGUCCACUUAAAGCUCUCACCCUCCUCACUGCCUCUACAAACUCCUGAACUCACACUCAAUCAUUCUCAUACUUUCUGUAACAUAAAUUGCUACAUCUUUUUGCAGCUUUGAUCACCCAAGGAUGAAGCUCUUCUUUGCCACCCUGCUGCUUUGUACUCUUCUCCUAAGCUCCUCUUUCUUGGAGCCUGCCAUGGCUAAGUCAGGAUUUUGCACCAAGAAAUGCGCAAACAGGUGCUCAAAAGCAGCGGUACAGGAUCGAUGCAAGAAGUAUUGUGGGAUAUGCUGUGAGGAGUGCAAAUGUGUUCCUUCAGGGACUUAUGGGAACAAGCAUGAGUGUCCUUGCUACAGAGACAAGAAGAAUAACAAGGGCAAGCCUAAGUGCCCUUGAAAUCAAUUGAUGGAUGUCUUAAGAAAUGAAUGUGUGUGUGAGAGAGAGAAAGAGGAGAGGUAGGAGAGUAGUAACUACUAACUAGUACAUGAAGAGUGUUCUGUGAGGUUGGUUAGGUAUGCAUAAUAAAUUCUUGGGUACAAGUUUGAGCGAUAUUAGUGGAUCUUACUCGUGUGAUCAUAGUGUUAUAAUCCUAUGGACGUUGGAUAUCACAUGUGAUAUAUUUGUAGUAUUCUAUUUAAUGUUGUUGUUGGAUAUUAAUUAUCAUAUUAAAUUAUUGUA